AUGAGCAGGUCUCGCUUGUUAAACACUAUGAAGCCGCUAGGCGCUUUAUUACCAGAAGUCGAAGGACCACAGACUCGAUAUGAAAUGAUUGAAAAGUUGGCUUGGAUGGCCGGUUGUGCUGUGAUCUAUCAGGUCUUGCUAAACAUGCCUGUUUACGGCGUCCCAAAACGCGAAUUCGUAGACCCUAUCAACAUCUGGCGUGUGCUAGAUGGUUCUUCUGCAUCUGGUGUUUUGGUCACGGGUUUGGCUCCCAUCUUCUUCUCUGGCUUUCUAAUGCAACUUUUGGCUGCCGGUCGUAAAAUAGCUGUUAAUUUUAAUUUAAUCAGCGACCGAGUCAUGUUUCAAAAUACCCAAAAAGUUUUCUCUGCUUUCUUGUAUCUCCUUUUCUCUAUCGCAUACGUUGUAUCAGGCUACUAUGGCCCCGUCUCUGAACUUGGCAUCGUUUUAGUUCUCAUUUUCAUAGUUCAAUUAUUCAUAUCCGGAAUUAUUUGUAUUUAUUUAUGCGAAAUUGUCGAAAAGGGAUACGGCUUGGGCUCUGGUCCUGUUCUUCUCUUGGCGUCUCAUAUUGUUUCUUCUUUGUUCUGGCAGAUUCUAAGUUUCAGCCGUUAUCAGUUGACUGAAGACAUUAGCCAAUAUGAAGGUACCCUUGUCGGGUUGGUAUUCUCUCUGUUUUCAUACAAAGAAAAGUUUUACGCCCUUCGUUCAAUUCUCUUCCGUACUGAUCGUUUGAAUGUUUUUAGCCUUUUAGCUUGUGUUGGUGCAUUUGUCGCCUUCAUUUAUCUUUUGAGCAUGAGAAUUGAUAUCUCGAUUCGGUCAUCCCGGGUUCGUGGAUUCCGUCAAAACUUCCCUUUGAAAUUGUUUUACACUUCCAUCAGCCCUUUCUUGUGUAUCUUCUUUUUCGUUUCUCAUCUUUUAGUGUUAGCCUACUUUAUUCACAGCAUGUUCCCUAACUCUGUUUUUACUCGCUUUUUGGUUCAGUACACAAAGAAUGAGACUCAUCCAAUUCAACAAUUGCGUCUAACUGGUGGGUUGAUUUAUUACUUUGUUCCUCCUUUGAGCAUAUGGGAAACCAUCACUUGCCCGAUCCACACCGUUGUCUAUGUUGUACUUCUGUUCUCUACAUCUCUCUAUCUUUCUCUCGCUUGGACGAAAGCCACCGGCAGCGGACCUCGUGAUGUUCUUGCUUUCUUUAAGGAGAACCAGCUUAUUAUGGCUGGUUUCCGUGAAGUCAGCAUGUUAAGGGAGUUGGAAAAAGUUGUGCCUAGCGCUGCUCGCACCUCUGCAUUGGUUAUGAGCAUUUUGUUAUUACUUGCUGGUAUCACUGCUUCCACUUUUGGAUUAGGAGUAGUCGUUGCUUCUGCUCUUGUAUUUGCUUCCUUUGAAGUUGUCAUGGGUUCAAAUCCUUCACUUGCUAAUGGACUUUAA